UUUACAGAUGUCCUUGGACAAUAUUAUCUACACCAAUAAAUUGAUCUAUGCCUUACAUGAUCCGAAUCAUCAUUUCAUUGUCCGGGAGUAUCGUUUUCAAAUAAAUGUUGAUUGUUACUUACCACGGUCCGAAGGUAACUCUGGCCAUUUCAAUCACGGUCAUGAUGUGACCUCUUCUAUCCACGUGAAUGGUUCUGGACACCACCAAGUCCAUCUACAGUUUUACACAGAUUCUUCGUUCACGCAAAUAAAGCCUCUUUAUGGCUCACCUGUUGGCGAUACUGUUUACGUUAAAGCAACUACUAAUGUUAGAGAUUAUAAUGUCAAGAUGAAAUUGAGUGACUGUUUUACAACACCAACAUACAGCUCGGAUCCUUCUUUACGUUACUUUAUAAUAAGCAAUGGAUGUGUAAUCGAUCCUAAUGCCCGGAUUUUAUCACAGACCAUCCAUGAGACAAGAUUUUAUUUCCAAGACUUCGAAUACUCUAUGAAUCACGAUUCCUUAUAUAUCCAUUGUAAUGCUACGUUCUGCAAGUCCAAUGAUUAUUCCGCAAAAUGCGAACAAAGGUGUCACCAUUUGUUUAAAAGAAUUGGCGGUGGAAAUGUUAUUAACGAUGGGCCAUUUGAUUCCACGGAGGUUAACCAAGCAAUCAGAAUGAAAAAUGGGAACUCAAACAGUAGCUCAGAAAGUUCAAGUUCUGUUGCAGUCAGUGUUAUUUCGGUCAUUGCUGGUCUUCUCCUUGUCGUUAUGAUAACGGCAUUGAUGUUAUCUUUGAGGAAAAGGCGUCAGCUAACUCAACAACAGAACCUAUAACCUAAAAUAUUGUCAAUUGACCUUUUUCUUUAUGUUAAUUUCUAAAAUUAUUUUAAAGUUACACUGUACACUGUACAUGUACAACUGGCACCUAAUUAGAUUUUUACAUGAUACGGAAACACAUUCUGUAAGUGCAGUGUCAAAUGAUUAUCUUUUAUUAUUCAAUACAUUUUUAUCAGCAUUGUUCUGACUGAAGAACUGCCUACCUUCCUGAUUUAUUCGAAU